UUCACACGAACGUAUCAAACUGGCCAUCGCUUAAUAUUCAGUACCCCAAAAUUGGAACAAUACAGGCACAAUUGCAACGAAGAGUUGUCCACUCUCAGCCAUGGCGUAGAAGGGGAUCCAUCAUCACCGGCAUCGCACAUGGAGGUGCUGGCGAGCGUCUCGGAGGGCGUCUUGGGCGCCCUCGCCGAGAAGCUCAGAGGGCUUCUUGGCGACGAGUAUGCGCUCCAGGCCGGCGUGCGUGGCGACAUCGACUUCCUCCAGUCCGAGCUGCAGCGCAUGGAAGCCUUCCUCUUGGACUACGCGAGGUGCCAGACCACCACUGCCCUGGUCAAGGACUGGGCGAGAGAGGUGCAGGAGCUCGCGUACGAUUUCGAAGACGCCGUCGACGACUUCACACAUCGGGUUGGGCCAGCGCCGGCGUCGACCCCUGCCAAGGUCGCAUACUUCGUCUCCACGCUCAUGGCUCGCCGCCAGAUCGCCGAGCAAGCGCGCAGCCUCCGAGCCCGGGCGCUCGAGGUGAGCGAGCGGCGCAAGAGGUAUGACUAUGCCAUCUUGCCGCCUUCGGACGCUUCCAGCUCUUCUCUCCGGUUGCCGCCCACGGUGUAUGCCGAGCUGGCCAAUCAGUCCAAUAUGGUGGGCUUAGACGGCCCACGUGAAGAUAUCAUUGGUAAGCUUAUGGAUGCCGGGACGAAGGAUGCAUCUGGCCGCCGUCGCGUGGCCUCCAUGGUUGGAUUCGCUGGAGUUGGCAAGACCACCAUGGCCAUGGCUCUGUACCUCAGCCUCGGGAGCAGGUUCCAGUGCCGAGCAUUCGUCACUGUGUCCAGGAAAUUUGACGUCAGAAGGGUUCUCAAGGACAUACUACAGCAGGUCAUGAUGACUACUUGCUCGGAUCCGGCCAUGGCCGGUGUUGAGACAUUGGAGGUCCGCCAGCUCGUGGGCAAGCUAAGAGAGAACCUGCAGGACAAGAGGUACUUGAUCAUCAUUGACGACUUAUGGGAAAUAUCAGCAUGGGAAGAUAUUAGCCAUGUUUUACCUGAGAACAAUCUUGAUUGCAUCAUUAUCACAACUACAAGAAACGAGUCUGUUGCUGAUGCAUGCUGUUCAAGGUAUCAUCCUGGUCACUUCGUGCACAGGGUAGAAUCUCUGAAGGACCAUGAUGCAAGGACGUUGUUUCUUGGUCGAAUUUUCGGCUCUGAGGACAAUUACCCUCACGAUUUGGAAGAAGUGUCGCUGAAAAUCCUGAAAAAAUGUUCUGGUUUGCCACUAGCCAUAGUAUGCAUAUCAAGCCUUUUGGCUGCGACACAGCCACAAGCAACCAAGUGGGAGAAAGUACACAAGUCUUUAGGGUCUGAGAUUGAUAGCAAUGAUAAUCUACGUAGUUUGAAGCAAGCUCUAAAGCUUGGUUAUGAUGAUCUUCCUCAACAUCUCAAGGUCUGCCUACUGUAUCUUAGUGCAUUUCCUGAGGAUCGCAAAAUCCAAAGGGAACGCUUGACACGGCGAUGGAUAGCUGAAGGAUUUAUAGCUGAAAAACCUGGUAUGAGCUUGCAGGAAGUAGCUGAAAGCUACUUCAGUGAGCUAAUAGAAAGAAGCAUGAUCCAGGCUGUGGAUGUUGAUUGUUUUGGUGAAGUACAUGCAUGCAGAAUUCAUGAUGUGAUGUUUGAACUGAUCUCAAUGCAGUCAUUUGAAGAGAACUUUGUCACACUUAUAGGUGAUAAUCGCUGCAGUGCAUCCAGACAAUGGUGUAAUGUUCGUCGACUAUCUCUAGACUGCACCACUGCAGCAGAUGGUCUGGAUUUGUCAAGUUUCAAUAUGUCUCAUGCUCGAUCCUUGACAAUUUAUGGCCACAUUGAUAACAUUCCUUCUAUUCCAGAGUGUAGAUUCCUGAGGACGUUGGAUUUUGAAUGCUGCGAGGGCGUAGACAGUAGGCACCUGAUGAACAUUGGUGAUUUGUUCAUGUUGAAAUACCUGAGUCUUAAGAGCACAUGGAUCAGCAAAUUACCCUGGAAAAUUGGUGAAAUGAAAUGCCUGGAGACCUUGGACUUGACACAAACAAACAUAAGAGAGUUGCCAGUGGAAAUUACUCGGUUGAAGAGGCUGGUACAUUUGCUUGCCGGGGGAGCUGAACUGCCGCAAGGGGUUGGAAAUAUGGGGUCUCUACAGACAUUAUGCAUCAGGGCUGCCAGCAAGAAGUCUAAGGAAGCUGUGAAGGAGUUAGUUAGGUUAACCAGUUUGAGAAAACUUGACAUGUCCUACUUACAUCCAACAGAGAGAAGGUCACAUGAUAAUGGGAGGCGGGAUGCUAGUUUGCCUUGGGUAAUCAGCAACCUCGGCAAGUGCAAGCUCCAAUCACUGCAUUUAAAUUUGUUGGGUUACUCUAUGGGUUUAUUCUUAGACAUCCAGCUUUUUAUUGCUCCACCUCCUGUUCUUCUUCAAAGUCUGCGAAUAAGAGGUGAGCAUGGUUUCCAAACAGUGCCAGUGUGGAUUGCAUCACUCACUCACCUCACUGAUCUGGAUCUAACUAUUGCAGUGGUCGGUGAAGACCUAGAAACACUUGAAAAAUUACCUAGGCUCGUUAGAUUUCGCCUCACCUUGAAAGAACCAUCCAGACAAGGUAUCGUUUUUCAGAGAUAUGGAUUUCCUUGUCUCAAGGAGCUAUUCAUCAAUUGUAGGAUCAUGCCAAUUCUUAUCAGUCAGGGUGCCAUGUCCAAGCUUGAAAAGUUUGAGUUAAAGUUCCAUGCUUACAGAGGAGAUUUAAGAUGUGUUAAGUUUAGUAUAGAGCAUCUCUAUUCUCUUAAGGAAUUCCGAUUCGCAAUAGUAGGUUGCAGAGGUCUCAGUGAUCCUGAUGUUGAGUAUUUGAAGGAGGCCUUCAAGGAUGCUGUUUUGGUAUAGAGCCCUGCAGUGGAUGAGUGAACUGGGACAAGAAAGAAAAUAACAGAAGAUGAAAAUAUCUUAAUUCAUUCAUGCGUUGAAUGAAUUCACUAAAUUGUGAAGUCACAUUUUCUACCGUUUCAUUCUUUUGCACAAAACAAGUAUUUGGUACCGUAAUAUCCUAUUUCAUCUUGAGUGGAAAUUAUGUCUGCAUGUUUCGAGA